AGACGUGCGCACGAAUGACGUCAUCCGUAAGCAUUGGUAACCCGCGUGACCCCGCUGACCAAUCGCACACAAACGGGGUCUGGAGGUCGAGGGAAGCGGUCGUGCGAGUCUCUUCGGCAACAACAGCCACUUCGUCACAGCUCUCGCCAUGUGGACCCUCCUGCGCCGUGCGGCCACGGUGCGUGGGGCCGCUGCCCUGGGGCAGCGCACGGCGGCCACAAGCGGCGAUGGGCCUCGCCUGCCCGUGCUCACCCUCUUCACCAGGCACCCCUGCGUCCUGUGCAACGAGGCCAAGGAGGUACUGAAGCCGUUCCUUCACCGGGUGGAGCUGGAGGAGGUGGACAUCAUGCAUUCGGCUCACAGCUACUGGUUCCAGCGCUACCGCUACGACAUCCCGGUGGUGCACCUGGACGGGCGCUUCGUCAUGGAGCACCGCGUGCACCCCGGCGAGCUGGAGCGGCGCCUCAGCGCGCUCGAGCAGUACCGACGCGACAAGGCCGCGGCGGCCGGCGGCAGCAAGGGGGCGGCCGGCGGCAGCAAGGGGGCGGCCGGGGCGGCGCCCUCGCAGAACGUGGCGUGACGAGGGGCCUCCUAGGGUUACCUCCUCACCGUCCCGCUCCCAGGGCGGUGGGUCUGCUGCGUUACCCCCUGUAGACGUGGGAGGUAGUGCAGUAAUUUGUAGUCACUCUGUUCAGUUGCCCGUACCAAAUCGAUGACGGGUACGAGGUCUCUGCCCCACAGUACGAGGCCUCUGGUUCUUCGCGUGGGCAGAGGCCGAGGUAGCGGAGAGAAGCUCGAGGCGAGGCGAGCACGUGAAGGAUCGGCUUUAUUGUUACAGUAUUCGACUUACUUGAAAAUCCAACGGCCUCUUUACAUUAAAUAGUGAAAUAGGCAAUCGCUGCCUUGGGCUGACAAAAUAAAGUUUGUACGUUUAAGGAGUG